GUGGUGUGACUCCCAGCAGUAGUACAACAGGGAAGUUGUGGGAGACGUCUGAUACUCAAGGACUCGCUCAUUCUUGCACAAUCGUACGAGUUCUGGAGCUGCAGUGUCCGACUGUGACCUCUGUUCAGGGGACAAGACAACAAUGUUAAGUAUCUCAAGGCCACGUUGGAGUACAAGAAGAUAAAAAGCCAGGUUCCCAGGCCCUGACAAACAUUACCUAGUGCAGCAUCCCUGCCUCAUCACUCCCAUCUCUUCCAACCAGACGUACAGGAGCGACCGCAGCCAUCAUUCAUCACCAGUCUGACUCAGAUCUGUAGACUGACCAUCCUGCUCAUCCGACAUGUCGUUUGCGUUCAUGAUGAUGCUUCUGAGCUCCUCAGUGGCCAUGGCAUUUGUGUUGCAUCCAGCCAAGGAAGAACCUGCAGCUUCUGCCAUUUCCCAUCACAGGUGCCAGACUGAAUCACUGCAGGCCAUCAGGAAGAAUCUCCUCGCUGCUCUCAACUUGCAGACUGAGCCACGGCUGCCUGCCGGUGCGCUGGACAGUGUCAGGGAGCACUGGAGGAAAAUCUUCCACCCCAGUUCACACAGAGCCACCACAAUUCCAGCAGCUGAUGGUUACGCUGUGUCACCUGACAGUAUGGACAGUGUGAGCCUGAAGUGCUGUUCCAUGGCCUCAGAGAUCUUCAUUAAAGAUCUGGGCUGGGACAGUUGGGUGAUCCAUCCUCAGAGCCUCACCAUUGUUCAGUGUUCACUCUGCAGCUCUGACGUGAACACUGUGCAAUGUCCAUCAUCCCAGUCCAACAUCCAAGAUGCCAACUCACAGGUGCCGUGUUGUCAGCCCACCACCCAGGAAAUGGUGAACAUCGUCUACAUGGAUGAAUCCAGCAACACUGUCCUGUCCUCUGUGCAGCUGACUCGCAGCUGUGGCUGUGGACCUGGCAGCAUCCAGCAGCCAAACACAGCUUAGGCAGAGGUUGGUUUUACAGGCCUGAAUAUGUGACGUGAGCUGUAUGCAUCAAAAAUCAUCAUUAUAUGCAGGUCUUUCUUCGAAUACAACCACCUGUGUUGCUUUUGUAGAUCUGUCUUAGACUCUUACUAUAUUCAGCACAGAUCAUGGGAACCAAAGUCUCCUCAAGAAUUCCGUUUUACAAUCCAGCUACUCUGUUGUAUCAAUACAGAUUUGGUGGUAAAACUGAUAUGACAAUAAUCACACAUUAUUGCUCUCCAAGUACAGUCUAAUUUCCCUAGGCACCAAGUGCUCUAAAUUACUGAGUGAAGUGCAGCUGAUAUCAAUCUUUAAAUAAAUCUCAUGAGUGCAGAACACUAUUUAUAGCUGCUAUUUAAUGUUCCCUCCAAAAAUGUGAGACUGUCCAGAGCCAAAUCCUCUCACUAGCCAGUUGUGUUUUUCUGACAUGUAAAACAACUUGUCCUCUUAUGGAAAAGAAUUUGAUUUGAUCUCAAUAGGCAAACUGAGGUCAUUGAACUGAGGUUGUAAAUUGUGUAAUGGCUUGCUGUUCUGGCGUGAAAAGUUUUUUGUGGGAAGAGCAAUGAGAGAAUUUAGUGGUCACCAGAUGAACGCCCUGAACCUAAAACCUUAGUAUCAGUUUCUCCUGGAUAUGAACAACAUCUCUGCUGUGACUUUCUAUUUGACUUCUACUUGUUUCCACUGGUUCUGCUCUAAUUUUUUCUGUGUUUGAAUAUGAAGCAUUUAUUUUGAUUUACAUACGAUAAUCUGAGUGGUUUUCCAUGCAUUUGUAGCGGAAGAGUUCUUGUUUUUUCUUGUAUGUGUCACAAUUGGUCACAGUUCUCAGUUGUGGGCUUUUUAUUUCCUCAACACAUUUUUAUUUUUGUUAUUUUUUUUAAAUAUAUACUCACGGAUAUUAUAAAGUUACCUCACCAUAUACUUUUUCAAGUAUUUCUCACAAGUGUACCACAUUUUGAUCAAAUGCAAAAUGUUUUAUUGUGCUCAUGACACUGCUUAAUCAUUUGUACCAAUUCAUUGAUUUCUUGCUCUCAGUUAUUUGAAUAAAAAUGAUUGAAAUAUACAUUUUUUGUUUGUUUCAAUUGCUAUUCCACUUUAAGUUUUUGUUUGGAUGAAGUUAAUCAUCUUAAUUAAAAUGACAAUAUAUUUGGUUUCUUAUGGCAGACUUUCGUGGGUUCUUGGCUGCCAGACAGUUUCAUGGUAAGUCUAGAGGGAGGGAAAUAGCGCAUGAAGAAAUUCUGGCUCUGUAUUCUAAAAAAAAAAAAAAAAAAAACAAAAAACCAGUUGCUGGUGAAAGGAAAGAGCAGCAUGCUGCGCACUUCAGAGCAGCCUCCAACAUUCCCAGUCGCUGUUCAUGCAUUUAUGCUCAGGAUAAAUCUUCUCCUGGCUGCAGUGGAGUCUUAACUUCUGAUUCUCAAGUUGCGAUUGCUGAAAAUCUGGGUGUAGAACUCAACUCAGUACUAACACUGGACAGAAUGCCACCAUAUAUGAGUUUGUGGGUGUCUUUAGGCAUAAUGUGCCCGCUUCUACUGGCUGUAGGGGCAGUUGAGUGUUCAGAGAAGGAGACGCUGCUGAAGCCGAUUCCCAGCACGGUGACACAACCAUCGGACUGUUUACUGGAGUGUACUGGGAUUACCUACAUCAGAAAACUGCUACUUCAGGACAACAACAACAUACGACUUAAAGACUCCACAGAAGGAGACCUCGGGGAAUACUGUUGGUCCACUGAGCUCAAGUGCAACAUUGGCGAGAGCUUCCUGCAAGCCUUCGUGGUGCUGCCUGUGGAUAUAUCUGCAGUUGGACAUGAGCAGCUGGAAGUCAAAGCUAUUGUCCCCACUGCCACCACGCUGCACCUACAUGACGGCCCGACCACAAUGGCAGAGAGCUGCGGCCUCCGUUACGACGUCACGCAGCACUUCAGCACACAGAAUGCAGGGACCUCGUUCUGCAUACAGGUUGUCAUCCAGGAGGGCAUCCUGGGGGACAAACGUCUUAAAUGUCCUCCCUAUCUGGUCACCUUCUGGCAGAGAAAUCACAACCAGUCAAACCAACAAGGUGACGGAUAAAGUAUUAAUGGGAGAACAAACACUUCAUUGAGAUAUUAAAUAAAUAUGAAAGUAUUAAAAGCGAAAGUACUUAAUGCAGAAAAAAGGCAAAUCUAGUUCUUAUAUCACAUGUAUUCCAUCAUUAGAUUGAAAUUACUCAUGUUAUAAGUAUCAUUUUUUUUGUAGUUGGUUGACACAUGGAGCUCUUUUUCAAAAUUUUAUAUAAGGCUGCAACUAAUAAUGAUUAUCAUUAUGAUUUAUUAUUAUUAUUAUUAUUAUUAUUAUUAUUAUUAUUAUUAUUAUUAUUAUUAUUAUUAUUAUUAUUAUUAUUAAGAGUAGUAGUAGUAGUAUUAACUGUGUUAAUAACAGAGGGAAAUAUCCAAAGCCCAACGUGAAAUCCCUUCUUUUGUCCAUAUUGUCACAUUUAAGAAGCUGGAAAAAAUCAUGAAAAUUAACUUACACAGUCUUUUUUCCCAUGUUUUGUAUUUAGGAAGUCUUAAUUUAUAGAGUAGCUGGUACUAAAAGCUAUAACAUUAAUUCAGUGGAGGUAAAUACACCAUUUUUUCAGUUUCUUUUUUGUAAAACAGAAGUAAAAUAAUGUUCUAAAGUGGAAAUACACACAAGAAUUGUCAUUUUGUACUAAAGUACACUUGACUAAAUGGAGUAGCAGUAAAGUGAUUUAACAUGGAUUAUUUAGGAUGUUUCCAUACCUGUGAAUGUUCAAGGUCUAAAAAGAUAGAUUCAUUUGUAUGCAGUCAUAUAACUCAUGUAGAUACAUUCUUUACCUCUCUUGGCUCUCGAAUGACCUGAGCGAGCAGACAAUGAGUGUACUUUCAGUCUACUCGAAGUAAACUCUGCAAAGUAAGCAGCCAUUUGAAUCUGUUAUUCUGACAAACAGCAUUUUAUGCUCUUUCUACAGUCCAUUACUUUUCAUAUAUCCAUGCACAUUUUCAUCCUUCAAGGAUCACCAAACUAAAUAUUAGAAUGCACUUUCUGAACUUAUGAUAGAAAUGUUCAAUCAUACACAUAUAAAGCUAAGUACUUAGAGGAUCUUUUGAGAGCUCUAUAUGAUUUUUCUUGUCAACAUUCUUUGUUAAUGAGAUGUUUUUUUUUGUUUUGUAUGUCGUAAACAAUAAUCCAUUUUGCUUUGUUUCUUGCUGUAGCUGUGAGGGUCUUUGAUGACAUUUCAGCAAGAAGCAGACACUGUAUUUGUGAGCUCUCAGUGAAAGGCAGGAAGUAUGAUGGAACAGUUCUCAGUGAAAUGGUGAAUGUUCUGGUGUUAUUGCUGUGUUGUUGAUGGUUAUAUGUGUUUAUGGUAAUAUUAAAACAUUUUAUUUUCCUUUUA